GGAAAAAGAACAGGAUACAUACCCUCAAACACACACAGACAGGAGAUCUAACCGGCUGUGUGUGUCAUUAUAUACUGUGUGUGUGUGUGUGUAAGAGUGACUGAUGCUCAUGAGGAUCACACUUUAUGUUCUCGUGAAGAUGGGACACAUCAUUCCAGACUCGUGAGGUGUGAGUUCUUGGCUGUGUGUUUCUACUCAAGGCCCCAUGGAGCCUGACGUGAUACACAUGUACUCCUCCUCUCCACCCCCAAUGGAGGACAGCGUUGAAGAUGACGAUGAUGAAUUCAGUGAUUUUACUGGCGUCCCGAACAGCGUCAGCUUCACAGAAUUCGAUACGCCCACCACAUUCAACCAAUCUCAGGCUUUGAACGCCACCUCGCCACCGGAAUUAUUGAGUAAUGGUAGAAUUGUGGGAUUGACUCAACCUGCAGGGUCUACGAAGUCUAACGCCAUGGCUCCUGUUAGUGGCCAGAGCUGCAUGCCCAAUGGUCGAACAGUUUGUGUAGAGGAAUUGAAAAAGUUCACAGAGCAUCAACAAGUUCAUAUCAACUCCCUUGAGUUUGCAGAGAGUUCUCGGACUGAUAACAACGCCAUUGACUGCAAUGGUGCCGUUGAAGUACUCACAAAUGGGUUUGUGACAUUAGACGGAGGAGGAACUCCUCCUACACCCCACAAAAACAUAGAAACUGAGCUCACGGUAGACCCCUGUCUUGAUGACAGUCAAGACAUUGAUGAUGAUUUUGCAGAUUUUUCUGCUUUCUCAAAUGCUGACCACAACCAGACUUCUGAUGGAAAUACAGACUGGGAACCUUUGAAUCAAGGGUACACACCAGCAGAGGACAAUGUUGAUGAACAACACAAUGAUGAAGAACAACAAGCUAAUUUGGAAGAUGGUAGUAGGGACUCAAAAGUCACAGGGUUGGAUUUACCUGGAUUCCCAUCAGAGAACUCGGAAGGUCUCAGCAAUGGGGAUUGGGGAUUCCAUGCAGGGAGCGAUCUAGAAACCGAUAAUGCACAUCAGGACUCUAAUACUACUGAGGUGGUUAGCACAGCGCAACUGCUUACUCUUAAUGGGGUUGGUCAGAAUGAUAUUGAUGAGGGGGGCAUAGUGGACAACGGGGUGUCACCCGACUCUAAAGGUGAAAGAUGUAGUGGUGAACAUUCAGAUGAGAGAGGAUCCGGGAACGAAACUGAAACGGAGACAGAAACAGAGACCUCUUUCGGUCGGCUGCUAUCGACAGAUGCGCUUGAAGAAUUUGGGGACUUCAGCACGACAGGAUCCGUUCCUUCUCCGCCGCUUCAGGAGGAGACGGCAACUCCAGCCGACCAUAGUCAGCUUGCUGAGGACGACGAUGAAGAUUUUGGAGAUUUUGGUGACUUCGGAGAUGCUAGCUCAUUUGGUACAACUGGAUUUGCUGAUUUUGACCAGCAGGGGGCCAAAACGCAAGUUGCUCAGCCUGAAUCGGCCCCCAUUCCCCCUGAGGUAACCGAAGAUGAAGAAUUUGGUGAUUUUGACACAUCAAGAGAACCUAGUAAAACAGGGUCAGCAGGUGGGGAAGGAACAACGUUUGCAGACUUUCCCGGCAGCGACAGUUUUGCAGAUUUCAGCUCAGUGCAGGUUGGUGAUGCAGAUGAUAAUGGAGGAUGGCAGGCCUUCUCUGAGCCGGAUCAAAGCCAGGAUGGAGGGGACUCCUGGGCAAAGUUCGGUCAGGAACACGCAGCAUGUACCGAAAAGAUUGGAGACGACUGGCAUGAAAGCCAGACGGUUGCAGCGCCCUCUACUAGCAGUGCAGUGGAGCGUAAAAGUUGCACAACGGCCACACUGGUGAGCCGUUUGGAGAAGAUUUUCCAGGCCACUUUUCAGCUGGUUGUUGCUCCUCAGGUGGAGGAUGAGGUGCAUAUGCUCAACACCUUCCUCAAACCUCCAGACAGAUCAGAACAGGAAGAGGAUGGAAGAGAGACAGCCAGUGGUGCACUACGGGACGUUUGGCAACAGCUGCAGGAUGUUAACAAUGCCUACGGUCUCCGGUACCAGUGGGGCGGCUCUCAUACCAAUAAAGCACUGCUCUGCUCUUUGGGCAUUGACACAAGAAAUAUAUUGUUCACAGGUCAUAAAAAGCAGCCGUUAAUUGUGCCAGUGUAUGCUGCCAGUCUGGGGAUGCUGGAACCCACUAAAGAGCCAGUGAAGCCCGUCUCAGCAGCUGAGAUGAUCGCCUCAAUAGCACAAUCUCCUUCUAUUGCCACAGAGUUAAACACCUGUCCACCUGACACCACCCAGGAGCCUCUUCCUCCCGUUCAGUUUGACUGGAGCAGCAGUGGCCUUACAAACCCUCUGGACGCGAGUGGAGGCUCGUCUUUGCUCAACCUCGAUUUUUUCGGCCCUGUGGACGAGUCGCCUUCUGGCACCGCCACCUCCAUACCAGGCGUUGACCCAGAGCUGUACGAGUUGACCCAGGCUAAGCUCGACGUCGGCGGAGGCAGCAGUAGAAUCGUGGAUGCGUUCGCUCGUCUGAUGUCGACCGUAGAAAAGACCAGCACCUCCACCAGCAGAAAGCCUGUGCAGAAACAGGAGAAUUUGAGUGAAGAGGCUCAGAGAGUGAUCGCAGGGCUGCCGGAUCUCUCCUUCAUGCAGGCCAAAGUCCUGAUGUUCCCCUCCACGCUGACUCCUCUGCUCCCAUCGGCCUCACCCAUGACCGACUGACUCCUCCGCUUCACCUCUCUUUCUCUGUGCUCUCCAGUUUUCAUUAUACUGACCGUUUUCAUUUUUAUUUCGUCCACUUUCAUUUUCUUGGGUGUUUUUAACAGUUUAAACAUUGCCAUAUGUGAGAGAGAGAGAGAGAGUGCAAGAGAUAUACUGCUAAUGAUUGAUUGCUUUAGAGAAGAUAAGAAGAAAUGUAGAAAAGAAUAUUUUUAUUUGUAGAAUGUCAGUAGGAAGAAGUGUUUGUGUUUAUAUUAGAGGCAAUCUGUAUAUUAUCAGGGAUGAGAUUUUCUUUUGAGUAUUCUUCUGCAUUUUGAUAAGUUGUGUGUAUGAAAGAGAGAAAAAGAGAGGCAUUUUGUUGCAUUUUUUUUAUUUUUAUGAAACACUGGUUCAAAAGUCCUACAAUGGCACAAACGAUGACGUGAAUGAUCUGAUCGGUAUUUAGAUGCAUAAAUGCAUUAAUUAUAGCGACUUGAAACCAAACCGCCUGCAAAAUGUAAAUUUGAUUUUGUGUAACAAAAGGCCUUAGUUUUUAAUCAUUUUGGCUACUCUUAUGUUACAAUCAAUAUUAAUACAUUAUUAUUACUGAUUUAACACAUGCAUUAGUGAUCAUAGGGUACUUUAUCUUUUUGUUGUAGUAACUUUGCUUUCCACACUCACAGGCCAUUUCUUCCACUUCAUUAACAACUAUAGAAACACUGGCUUCGCUUGAGUAUUUAGCUGCUCAUAUUUUUAUUCUUCUUUUUGUUUAUUUUUAAUGGAAGCUAAACCACUGGCUUUGGACUGUAAUGUAGCAACGGAUAAAUCAUUUAUUUGAAUAAUUGAUCAACUUGAAUAUAUAUAUAUAUAUAUAUAUAUAUAUAUAUAUAUAUAUAUAUAUAUAUAUAUAUAUAUAUAUAUAUUUAUUAAGAAUAA